AUGAAUAUUUUUAGAUUCAUCGGGGACAUGACACAUUUGAUUAGCAUUUUAGUUCUUCUUCUUAAAAUCUAUGCCACUAAAUCAUGCUCAGGAAUUUCGUUGAAGACGCAGGAGCUGUAUGCACUUGUGUUCUUGGCUCGGUAUCUAGAUUUGUUUACCGACUUUAUUUCAGUGUACAACACCAUUAUGAAGUUGGUAUUCAUUGGGAGCUCUCUGGCAAUUGUAUGGUGUAUGCGGUUCCAUCGAGUUGUGAGGCGAUCAUAUGACCGUCAGCUAGACACAUUCAGGCAUUAUUUUCUUGUCGGAGCGAGCUUCCUCUUGGCACUUCUUAUCCAUGAGAAGUUUACAUUUCAGGAGAUACUUUGGACAUUUUCAAUAUACUUGGAGGCUAUUGCAAUUAUACCCCAAUUAGUUCUGUUGCAGAGGAGUGGAAAUGUGGACAAUCUGACUGGACAAUAUGUUUUCUUCCUCGGGGCCUAUAGAGGAUUCUACAUCCUGAAUUGGGUCUACCGGUAUUUCACAGAGAAGCAUUUCAGUCGAUGGAUUUCUUGCUUUUCUGGCCUAAUUCAAACAGCUCUUUACGCAGACUUCUUCUACUACUACUAUAUCAGCUGGAAAACUAAUGCAAAACUGCAGUUGCCAGCCUGA